AACAACCACAGCAUAACGCACGGCAGAGUGUCCCUCCUAUGUUCCUCCAUUCUACUAUCAGCCCCACUUCUCCUCUGGCCUUUGUUUCGUAAGAUGAAGGGACUGGUUUUUUAGGUUUGUGACGCAACCCUUAAUCCAUGUUCUUAGGAACAUCCGCCAAGGCAGAAAUACUCAGCCUUGGCGGUGACUGCUUAUUUCGCUCAUACAUUGUCUUGUAGCAUAUAAGCUCAAGAAUUUGUCACAAUGUUAAAUAAUGAGUAAUCAUCCCGGUGAUUUGCUAAAUAUAUUCUGAUGACUGUUGCUCCCAUCUUGAGAUUUAUAGUUUGUGUACAGCAGCUGCAAUCCAUUUUUCCCCACAGGGAAUUGGACGGUUGGUCAGAUUAGAAACUGACACUGAAAACUUUUCAGGAACUAAAAUUGCUCCUGUCACCACUCAGUUGUAGUGCAUAUGACAUUGAAUUAGUCAUGGUAUUCAAAUCCACAAAGAGGAAAUGAAAGCCACCAAUGCCCUCAUGAAAAGCAACGGCAUAUUUCUAAGCACGCACACUAAUCGUCACCGUAGUGAAGUAAAAGGCCUUCACUGCUAUUACUCACUGGGUCAAGGCUUCAAACCAUGAACUCACGCAUUGUACUGUACUGCUUGUACUUCAUCUGAAUACAUCAUUUUAUACUUCUGUAUAUGCAGAUGUACUUUUUACUCCACCACUUUUAUUUUAUUGCUAUAGUUAAUACUUCCUUCACAAACAAAAAUCUGACAUACAAAACUCCAUCUUCAUCUCAACCUGCUACAUCAGAUAGGACUUGAACAGAUUUGACAUAAGGCUCAGUUUACUAAUAAUGACGUGACACGCAGCCUGUAAAUGAUUAAGAAUAGUGACGUCAUCUUCCUACACAGGUAGCUGCCUACAUCCAUGAAAAACGACAUCAGAAAGAUGGCGACAAGUGUGGAUGAGUUACAAGUUAUGAGUGUCCGACAGUCUGUCUUUGACUCUGACCUAAUUUGCUCAAUGUUACAAACGUUAACUGCUCUCAGCAACUGCUGUGGCAGCAUUAUGUCGACGGGUCGUCACUUGCUACAGAGCAAAAUGCAUGACUCUUGUCCAAACAAGAAAUCAGCCAACAUUUUCAGGCCAGUUACAUCAUGGGAAAUGUAGGACCAGACCUUGUUGGAGCAUGACCCACACUGGGGACUAAAAGUCAGGAUAUCUCUGCACCCACAAGUUCAACUUAAACCAUUUUUAUUCUUGUCUGCCUGCUGUGAGUCCCCAAACUUUUUGCAAGUGCAGUAUCAAAUUUCAGGAUUACCCCUUCAAAAUUCUGUUUACGUAUUGAUGCAUUAGUGACAAUAAUCCUGUAAUAUAAUACAGUAUAACAUGUCACUGUAUCAUGAGGUAUAUGAAGACAUGGUGGAGUAAUGCUGCCCAGAGUAGAAAAGUAAUCCAGGGGUCUCUAUGCCUGAUUACAGUGGACAGUCCAGCUGCAUACAUGUUAGUGCAUGUGUAUUACUCUUGAGUGUGUCCAACUGGGUAUCUAAAUGUCGGUUACCAUUUAAAAUCUACGUCCUGGCCUGUGGUGCGGGAUGGUGUUGUCAGGGAAGCAUAGCCCCCACCCUCCAGUCUCACCAGGUUAACACUACCCCCUUUUACAUUGCCUGUUUAAGGCGGGAAUAUCUCACCAUUAUACCGCCUUGUCGUACUGUGUAUAAGGUAUGAUCAGGGAGAUCAUAACAGCGCCGAAACGAUGUCUGUAUAAACGGGACACUCUGCAGGACAGGCUCACUGGCGGUCAUUUGAUGUGUCAGGCAUGUUACCCACUGUGGGAGAUUCAAAAAGUAGCUGUUAGCAGUUAGCAGCUACUCAAAGAAGAAGAACAGCAGCUGUAAAUGUCCACAAAUUGGGAAAGAAUGAGGUCCAGGAGCUCAUUACCUCCGAGCAGAGGACCAGAUAAGCCGCCAUGUAACAGGGACAGUAAAUGAUUGUUAUUGCCACAUUAGUGCCAUUGUAGUUGUUCAAAAAGCACUGCUGACGUGUAUGUUAUAUUUCACACCAGAGGCCAACGCUGAUGGUUUAUAUGUACGCCUGUCACACCUCUUUUGAUUCCGCUAAGCCGUGAUGCAGUGUGUAAUCACAAACUGGAGCGAAACGAUGCUGCCGUCAUUUGGUUCUGUGUAAAAAUGCAAAGGAGGUAAAAAGAAGGGACUUCGUAGCAAAUCUAUAGCACAAUCUCUGCGUAAAAAGGGCUAAUGUAAGCUCUGUCAGCACUGUUGCCGUUGUGAACACCAUUUAUGGAGUUUGCACCAUUAGCUGCUGACUGUGGGCUCAGCCACCUCCAUGUUGAGUGCCGUGUGCAGACAAUCCCGAUCUUCUGACAAAUGAAGCUCAGCCUGUCAUUUUAGGCAGAAUUGUCACACCCUGCUCCACCCCGUUCACCUCCAGUUAUCGUAUCCACAGUCCAGGACGAGUUCAACAAAGGCUCAUUCCUCUACUCACCCAGGUCAUCAGCAUUUAUCCAUCUUCCUCUCAUCUCAUCUUAGCAUACAGCCCCUGUCAGACUAAAAGUGUGAUUAUUUUUUACACUGAGAUAUCGAUACUUUCAUUGUUCCAGUUUGAAUCCUUCCUACACCACUUCCAUUUUUAGAUUCUGAAAAUUAAUUUCUUUCCUUUCAGCUUCAAGAAUAACGGUGUGAAACGUCCAGAGACCUUCAUGAUGUGACCUGGCCAAGGUCAGCGGCUACCGCGUGUUUACCCCUCACACCCAGCUAUGUGGCCGGAGGAGUUUGGAGUGGGUGGGCCCUGCGAUGAUGUGCUCACAAAGUCCACACUGUCCAGACAGUCCUGUGCACACCUAGUCCCACCCCUUCCCUCACCCCUCAGCUGCCUACCUCUCCCGCUCCUGUGCUCCCCUGUACUCUUCUCCUGCUCCUCUCCCAGGGUCUGCUACUCGUUUGAAGUUCGAGGAGUUCUGGAGACGCUUUCUCUCGCUCUGUCUGACAUCUCAUCGCUCUCGGCCACCAUGGUUCACAGCAGCAACUUCUGCAGGUUCCUCCUCCUGAUCUUCCUGGGCCUCUUGGUUGCCUUUGUACACACAGAGACAGUCGCAGACUCAACAAUCAGAGACAGCCAGGACACCAUGUCUGGAGAGCCACCCAGUGACGUCACCACCAAAGACCCUUUCCAGGACAUGACGGAGCAAUCCUUCACUUUCGACUAUGAGGAGACCACACACUCUCAGGCCCUGGACGAGGAGGAAGGGGUGCUGGGGCCAGGGGCCAUCACAGCCAUCGUUAUAGCAGUCUUCCUGGGAGCAUCUGUCCUCCUCGCCCUCAUCGUCAUCACACUCAGGAAGUUCACCGCCUCUUAGAGUGAACACAUCUUGUGUGCAUGUGUUUGAGUGUGUGUGUGUGUGUGUGUGUGUGUGUGUUUUUAUGUCGAUGUUCCUCUUUCACCUCCGUCUUUAUCUUUCAACUCUUUCUUGCAAAGAUGAGUUGUGUCUUUUGCUUCGCUGUAGAUGCUGAAAAUUGUGGCAGGUCCCUUGACUGACUAUUUACAGAUUUACACAGUCUGAUUGUUGCUCAACAUGUCCACGUGUUACUGAAGGUUUAAUGUUAGAAACUGGCUGGCUCUUCCAGUGGAAAUCAUAGCAUGUCAUUCACUUUUUUUUCUUAAUCUUGCAUGCUUUAAGGGAUUUUUUUUUAAGUUUGUGGGCUGUUUAUUUCCUGAUGUGAAGUAUCCUGCAUGUGUUUGCUUUAUUUGUACAUGAGGUGUGUUUGCUUUUGUCAGUCUGUGUCUUUUUCCAUUCUAUAACAAAGAUAUUUCAGAUUUGUGUCUAAACAUGAGUUGUUGUUUUUUUUUUAUUAGUCUUUCACAAUGAUUUUAAAGUUUGCCAGAUUCAUGUCUAAAAUAUUCCCCUGGAGUCACGGUGCACAAGUUUGUAUUGCACCAUUUACAAACAUUUGUAGAGUCAAAAUAAGGAGAAAACAUUUUAGAAAGGCUUCUUCGAUGAAUGUAAACAGGGAGUUGGGUUGUUUUUACCUGCAGAGCAAAUACAAAGUUAGAGCGUGGAUGAAUUUGUGUUUGCACUCAAGUGAGUGUUUUUUGUCGUUGUUAUAUUUGCAGGGGGGUUGGAAAUUAUUUUAGUAACAUUAUUUUGUCUUUUUCUAUACGCCUCAGAGUCGUCAGCCAUCCAGCUGGAUGUUGCCAUGGUAAUGUCACUGCCAGAUUAUCUUGUGAGAUUUAAGAUGAAUAAAUAAAUACA